AUGCUGCGCGAGAUUUUUGUUGCUUUUCUUCGUGUUUGGGGUCGCAGAAGAAAUCUUGAUGAGCGGCCUGGCGAGAUUUUUAUCAACAGCCGUGCGCAGGCAGAUUCACAGCUGGCCCACGCAAGCACCACUUCUAUGCAAGAGCUCAAUGGCGAAGACAUGGCCGACCAGGUGUCGUACGAAAAUCAAAGCGGGGGAGUUUCUGCAGAUUCGGUGGCUCCUCACGAGUAA